UCUUGCGCCUGCGCAAUCCAGUAAACCCGCAAAGCGGGGAUUAGGUUCGCCGGAACCCAUGCCCCGUCUUCUGCUUCCGGGUCGGAGCCAUGGCGGUGGCAAAUUCAAGCCCUGUCAAUCCCGUGGUGUUCUUUGAUGUCAGCAUUGGCGGCCAGGAAGUUGGCCGCAUGAAGAUCGAGCUCUUUGCGGACGUUGUGCCUAAGACAGCCGAGAAUUUUAGGCAGUUCUGCACUGGAGAAUUCAGAAAAGAUGGGGUUCCGAUAGGAUACAAAGGGAGCACCUUCCACAGGGUCAUAAAAGAUUUCAUGAUUCAGGGUGGGGAUUUUGUUAAUGGAGAUGGUACUGGAGUUGCCAGUAUUUACCGGGGGCCAUUUGCAGAUGAAAAUUUUAAACUUAGACACUCAGCUCCAGGCCUGCUUUCCAUGGCGAACAGCGGUCCCAGUACAAAUGGCUGCCAGUUCUUCAUCACCUGCUCCAAAUGUGAUUGGCUGGAUGGGAAGCACGUAGUGUUUGGAAAAAUCAUUGAUGGACUUCUAGUGAUGCGAAAAAUCGAGAACGUUCCCACAGGCCCCAACAAUAAACCCAAGCUGCCUGUAGUGAUCUCACAGUGUGGGGAGAUGUAGUCCAGAGCAAGACUGAUCAGAUGGUUCUGGCAGCAAUGUGGAGGAGAAGCUGAGGCCAGUGAGGUGUCCACUGCAGCAGUCCAGGCGAGAGAAGAGGUUCCACGGGAAAAUACAGGUCUAGGGGGCGUCAGAGAUUUGGCAGCAAAUAUUUGCAUGGCUGCUGGGUGUUUGACACUGUUGUUCCCUGCCCUGAAAGACAGAAGCCCUGCCAGCUAAAAAGGGACGGGAGGGGAGAAUGGCUUCAUUGCAGUCCGAUCCAGUACAAAGGCAGAGCUCCCAGGGUGGUCAUCAGGUCUCAGGCAUUGAGGUAUGCCAGUCGGUGAAAUACAACAGAGCCUGAAAAAAAAAAAAAGGUAAAUCUGUGUGUGUUGGCAGAUUUCUAGGGUACGUUAAGUGACAAAGUCAAGAUUUAGUACAUUUGAAGAAUUAUUUCAGAAAUUACUGUAGUGUGAAAUAUAGCCCACUGUUAGUACUGGUUGGUUACUUGUGUGGUGUAGAGAUGGCAAAGGGUUUUUUUCCUCUCCCAUUUCUGUUGUCCCGUCUGUGCUUAAAUUUUCUAUAUUGAGCAUAUAUCUUAUAAUAGAAAUACAUACUGUAUAUACGUAGUUUUAGCUGAUCCUAGUUGUUUCCAGCUGCUCCCAGGAGCAUGCGGCUAACAGCAGUCUGAAUCACUCCCUGGUCCCUCCGUCUCCCAGGUCUAGGCAGUCUGCAGUGCCUUCCUGGGUGCUCCCACAGUACUUGGUUCAUCUCCCUGUAGAGCAUUUAACCUAGCGUAUCACAAAUGUGUUGGCCUGGUUUUCUCUAGACAGAACUUGAGUCAGGGACCAUGCUGACUAAUACAGUGCCUGGUCUAUGAUAGAGCUUAGGUCCUGGAGCACCAUGGAACUUAAAAAGUGCAUUUAUGCAUUUCUGAACAUUCUGCUUGGGGGCCAGGGUUAAACUCUCUGAGCCUGCAGUGUGACACCAGGACUCACUAUCCCCUGGAGGGAAAGGGGUGUGGCCAUGUUUAGGGGGAGGGAGACAGAGUAGUUUCUGAGUGUACUCACUCGGUUCUCUGAGUUAAGCUAACUACCAAGGCCAUAAACAGAGGGUGUGGACUUUACUUUCUGUAUGACACUGGGACCAAAACCGGCAAGGAAGGAAGAUUGCUCUUUGUUCUAGAGCUCCACAGAGAGCCAUCGAGGUCUGGCAAAAAGCACACAGACUUUGGAGCCAAGUAGACCAGGAAGCCCCAUCAAGCCAUUAAACCCCUUGGGACCCUAGUUUCCUCUUUUGCGUGAUCACAGAUAAUAUACACUGCACAGGGUUUAUGAAGGGGAGAUAAAUGAGAUGGAUGUGUGGCCGUAAACAUUAGUUUCUUUCUUUUUCCUUCUUCUGUAGUAUACCUCUCAACUUUGUCCUGGGGAACCAAAGGUCUGACCGAGGGCAAGAGACCAGUUCUGCUCUUUUGGGAAGAGCAGGUUAGGAGUGUAGAGAAGAACCGGGAGUAUUGCCUGUCAUGGAAUGUCCCCUUCCAGUGCCUCUGAGCUGCUUAUCUCUUCCAUCCCUAAUAGACCUCCACCUCUCUGCCA